GUGUGCAACCAAAUCCAGACAUCUGAGGUAGCGACUUUCACCAAGGGCUCUACAUAUAUUCCUAUGUCUUCAUUUUCACAAUUAGGCUAUAUAGCGUAGCUACAGACAAACAGGAAGAGAGAUUGCGAGAAUGUACAUUACAUUGUGUAGCCUACAAUCUACAGGUGCAGCAGAUAUGAUGUGCCGGAUACAAUGUAUUAAUUUAUAGCCUUAAUAUUAGGAGUUACUUAUUAUAUAGUUACUGAAUAGAUGGUUACAGUUGAAAGUUUCCGAACGAGUUAUAUUCAUAUGUAACAGAAUGCGCACAUUCGAUCAAGUCGUAGUACAGUAUGCGGAAGACACAUUCGAUCAAGUCGUAGUACAGUAUGCGGUCGGUGGUGCCCCAGUUAUCAUCAUUAUUUCCAAUUUGGUGGCAUCUGAGUGAGACAUUACAUUUACAGCUGGAAAGAACUGUGAAGCUGUUUGAGAUAGAUAAGAAUGAUGUGUCUUUAGUACGUUGAUCUGUUGCGUCCACCAAUAAGAAACUCCGGUAAUAGCGGAGUCAUGUUCAAAUUGGACCACCCUUUUCUUCAAAUUACAUGCGUACAGUGGUCGACGUUAUGCGCAUAUUCUCCACGACGCUCAGGUAUGCAGAACCGCUGCUAUUGAGGAUGGUGCCGACAUUCGCAUUGUCACGAACAAAUGUUCUUGGUCACAAGCUUUGUUCCAUAGUUUAAUGGAUUGAGCUGAAUCGUCAGAAGGAAUUGUCUGGAGCGCAAAAGUGGAAAUGGAGUACAGAACAUCUAAUUAGAUAAGGUCACCGAGAUAGAAUGUUUACCAUCACAGAGUUAGCGUCGCUGAACGACAUCCAGCCGACCUACCGCAUCCUAAAACCAUGGUGGGACGUCUUCAUGGACUACCUGGGGGUGGUCAUGCUCAUGUUGUCCAUCUUCGCCAUGACGAUGCAGAUCACAAAGGACCAGGUGGCGUGCCUUCCAUGCCUGGAGGAAGCGGUGGCAGGGCCAAACUCUUGGACAUACCAAAGUCCACAAGAAACCGCCUCAUCAGCAGUUGGCAUAACGACAGUGCUUGCUACACCAAUGGCCACUAAAGAUCUACCAGACAGUGCAGUACACGAGGUCCACAACACCCAGCCCAUCGUUGUGAAGCGAGAGAGCAAAAUGCAGCAACCCAGGCCCACAGGGAUCCAAACCAACUUAGAUUAUCAGCAGUAUGUCUUUGUCAACCAAAUGUGUUACCAUAUUGCCUUGCCCUGGUACUCAAAGUACUUCCCGUACCUCUCCCUCAUACACACCCUUGUGCUUAUGGUCAGUAGUAACUUCUGGUUCAAAUACCCCAAGACAAGCUCAAAGAUUGAACACUUUGUGUCCAUUCUCGGACGGUGCUUUGAGUCUCCAUGGACUACAAAGGCUUUGUCCGAGACAGCCUGUGAGGAUUCUGAGGAGAACAAGCAGAGACUGACUGGCACCACUUCAGCACAGAGAGAGUUAUCACAGGAAACUAAAGAUGAAAAUGCUGCAAACUCAUCUACCCCUAUGCUUGGGAAUACAGGAGUCAAGUUCUCAGCAGAUAAGCCUGUUGCUGAAGCCCCAAGUAUGACUAUCCUGGACAAGAAAGAUGGGGAGCAGGCCAAGGCUCUAUUUGAGAAGGUGCGGAAAUUCCGCGCCCAUGUGGAGGACAGCGAUUUCAUCUACAAGCUCUAUGUAGCUCAGACUGUGGUCAAAACGGUCAAGUUUAUUUUGAUUCUGUCCUAUACGUCAACAUUUAUUGCUGCCAUCGAGUUUCAUCACAUAUGUGAACCCAAAAUCAAACACUUAACCGGAUAUGAGCAGUUCUUUUGUACCCACAACAUGGCUUUCAUGUUGAGAAAGCUCCUCCUCAGCUACAUGGCCCUCAUAUUGAUCUAUGGGAUGGUCUGCUUGUAUUCCCUCCACUGGCUUUUCAGGCGCCCCCUUAAAGAGUACUCAUUUGAGAAAGUCAGAGAGGAGAGUAGCUUCAGUGACAUUCCUGAUGUGAAGAACGACUUUGCGUUCCUUCUGCACAUGGUCGAUCAGUACGACCAGCUGUAUUCCAAACGGUUUGGUGUCUUCCUCUCGGAGGUCAGCGAGAACAAGCUGAGGGAGAUCAGUCUAAACCACGAGUGGACAUUUGAGAAGCUCAGACAGCUUGUGACCCGAAAUCCCCAAGACCAGCAGGAGCUCCACCUCUUCAUGCUUUCUGGUCUCCCCAAUGCAGUGUUUGAUCUCACCGACCUGGAAAUACUUAAACUAGAGCUAAUUCCUGAGGUCAGGUUUUCGGCAAAGGUUUCCCAAAUGACCAGUCUGCAGGAGCUGCACCUCUGCCACUGCCCUGCCAAAGUUGAGCAGACUGCCUUUGUCUUUCUCCGUGACCACCUCCGCUGCCUUCAUGUCAAGUUCACAGACGUCGCUGAGAUCCCAGCAUGGGUUUAUUUGUUGAGGAGUUUGAGGGAGCUAAACUUAGUAGGGAAUUUAAGCUCAGAAAACAACAAAAUGAUAGGACUAGAGUGCAUGCGUGAUUUGAAACAUCUUAAGACAUUAUAUCUGAAGAGCAACCUCACCAAGAUCCCCUCCAACCUCACUGAGCUGUCCCCACACCUGAUCAAACUGGUGGUGCAUAACGAUGGUACUAAACUACUUGUACUGAACAGCCUCAAGAAGAUGACAAACCUCGCCGAUCUGGAGCUGCACAACUGUGAGCUGGAGAGGAUCCCCCAUGCUAUUUUCAGCUUAACCAACCUUCAAGAGCUGGACCUCAAAUCCAACAACAUUCGCACCAUCGAAGAGGUCAUCAGCUUUCAGCACCUCAAGAGGUUGACCUGCCUCAAAUUGUGGCACAACAAAAUCAUCACCAUUCCAGCCUCAAUAGGCCAGGUCAAGUCUUUGGAGUCACUUUACCUUUCACACAACAAACUGGAGACGCUCCCGCCGGCGCUGUUCCACCUCCCCAAGCUGAGGCACUUGGAUGUCAGUCACAACUCCAUCACAGUGAUCCCGCCGGACUUGGGUCUCCUGCAGAACCUCCAGCACUUCGCAAUCAAUGCAAACAAGGUGGAGGUGCUGCCCAAGCAGCUGUUCAGGUGCACCAAGCUAAAGUUCCUGUGUCUGAGCAAUAAUGUCCUCACCAACCUGCCUGAGACCGUGGGUCAGUUGGUGCAUCUUGCUCAGCUGGAGCUGAGGGGGAACUGUCUGGACCGCCUUCCCUCACUGCUGGGGAACUGUCGCCUUCUACGUAAAAACAGCCUCAUUGUAGAGGACCACCUUUUUGACACUUUGCCUGUAGAGGUAAAGGAGAGCAUUAGUCGGGAGACCAAUGUGUCCUUUGCGAGUGGCUUAUAGUUGAUCAUUUCUGAUACCUUAAACCCUUAUGGUACAUUGAUUAACUGAAAUGUAUAUUACUCACUGAAGCAAUACACUAUGAAAGUAACACGUUAUUUACCAGGAACUAGCCUUGUAGUUUUUUAUAACUUUUGUAGGCUUUUUGAAUCCUCUUCAAUGGGCAAAAACGUAGCGCAAUGGUCUUGAAGCCAAAUACUUCGUAAAGGCACAUGGCAGAAGUAAAUUCAAACACAAAUAUAAUUUUAUAUACAGGUAUAUCUUAAACGAUCACGUUUUCAAGAAUUUGAUGAUGUAACUUCAAGCACAUUCAAAAGAUUAGGGGAAAUGACCCGGAAGUAAAACAGGCGGUUGCUUUCACAGGAUAUUGAACCACGUUUUAUUGAUUAUCAAUGCCCUAUAUGGGUAGUUCCUAUACAUUUUUUUGCUUAAUAAAGUGAGAGAGAAUGCUUCUCCUCAACAAAGUCUGUAUAGCUCUAUAAAUAAUGUAAUAUCAUUUCAAAGUAUAAUUUUAUUAAGUAUUUAAGAAUGUUCAAGAUAAAAAAAGCUUUUAGUUACUUCAUAGUGUAUUAUGACAUAAUAUUGUUAGCAGUAAUAUAUUUUUAGACUUAAUAACAAAUAUUGUAUUAGCUACUCAGGUAUAAUGUUAACCCUGGGGACCAUCAUUUUGCCUUAACUGCUGCUAUUUCUCAGUGAGGGCGUUCAUAAGAAAAGACUAAACAGCUCUCAAGUUUGUUGAUACACUACCUGUCAUUAUUCACAACACCAUUCAGUAAAAUAACAAAUGCUAUUUUCAGUAGUAAUUCACUUUUGGGGAUUACGAUUGAAAUUGGAAGUACUUUGCCCAACCAAUAUUUGCUUUGCUUUUUGUUAUAUUGUUGAAUGUUUACUAUUGUUUUACACUUCUCUAUCACAGACCAUGCUAAACAUUUGCGUGUGAUUGAAAAUAAAGGAGGGUUGACAAAAGGGAGGCGAUGUUUUACACCAAAACAAGUUUUUAAAUUAAGCAACAAUAGCAUCAAUUAAGUGUACACAUGGGACAAGAUUGUUAUAUUGCCUUUUUCCAAUGUAUUUCUGUACUGUACAUGAACUGUUCACAUUUACAAGCAUACCAUUUCUGGCACAAUAAAACUAGAUCUUAGAUACA